AUGUUAAAGAAUUCAGGCUCCAAGCACUCGAGUUCAAAGGAUAGUCAAUCGAAUUCGAGUUCUGGUUUAUUCCAAAAUUUGAAGCGUUUGGCUAACUCAAAUGCAACAAAUAACAAUACGGGCUCUCCAACCUAUGCAUCUCAACAACAGCAUUCUCCCGUAGGGCACGAGGCGUCCACUUCACCAGCAUCUUCAUCUUUUAGAAAACUGAAUGGACCUUCUAGGUCUACAUCUACUGAGGCAAGGCCGUUAAAUAAAAAAACUACAUUAAACACUCAAAACUUGUCUCAGUACAUGAAUGGUAAAAUAAGUGGGGACAUACCAGUAUCCUCCCAGCAUGCAAGGUCGCACUCGAUGCAAUCAAAAUAUUCGUAUUCCAAAAGGAAUUCUUCUCAGGCAUCCAAUAAGCUAACAAGACAACAUACCGGGCAAAGCCACUCUGCAUCAAGUCUUCUGUCCCAAGGUUCGCUAACGAACUUAAGCAAAUUUACUACACCUGAUGGUAAAAUUCAUUUAGAAAUGCCGUCCGACCCAUACGAAGUGGAAAUUUUGUUUGAAGAUAUUAUGUACAAAAGAAAUAUUUUUCAGUCUUUAUCAGAGGACAAACAAGAGGCUCUGAUGGGCUACAGCAUUGAAAAGAAAUGGCUGAUUGUAAAGCAGGAUUUACAAAAUGAGCUAAAGAAAAUGCGAGCAAACACAACCUCUUCUUCCACUGCUUCCAGAACUUCGAUGGCGUCAGACCAUCACCCUAUCCUUACGGCCAAUUCAUCUCUUUCGUCCCCAAAAUCAGUUUUGAUGACGAGCGCCUCUUCUCCCACCUCCACCGUAUACAGUAACAGUUUAAAUCAUUCUACGACUCUUUCAUCAGUAGGUACGACAACUUCUAAGGGUAAGAAAUUGGUUACUGGGAGUUUGAAAAAGCAGCCAUCUUUAAACAAUAUUUAUAGAGGCGGGUCUGAAAAUAACACAAGUGCAUCUACUCUUCCGGGAGACAGAACAAACAGACCGCCGAUACAUUAUGUGCAGCGUAUCUUAGCAGAUAAACUUACGACCGAUGAAAUGAAGGAUUUAUGGGUGACUUUAAGGACUGAACAACUAGAUUGGGUAGACGCUUUUAUAGAUCAUCAAGGUCACAUUGCUAUGGCUAAUGUACUAAUGAACUCUAUAUAUAAGACUGCACCUCGGGAGAACUUGACAAAAGAAUUAUUAGAGAAAGAAAACUCAUUUUUCAAAUGUUUCAGAGUCUUAUCGAUGCUUUCACAAGGUUUAUAUGAGUUCAGUACACAUAGAUUAAUGACUGAUACCGUUGCAGAAGGUCUAUUUUCUACAAAACUGGCUACAAGGAAAAUGGCCACUGAAAUUUUUGUUUGUAUGCUAGAAAAAAAAAACAAGAGCAGAUUCGAAGCAGUUCUUACGUCGCUAGACAAGAAGUUUAGGAUAGGGCAAAAUCUCCAUAUGAUUCAAAAUUUCAAAAAAAUGCCCCAAUAUUUUUCACAUUUAACCCUUGAGAGUCAUUUGAAAAUCGUUCAAGCAUGGUUAUUUGCCGUUGAACAAACUUUAGAUGGAAGAGGUAAAAUGGGUUCGUUAGUUGGCGCGUCAGAUGAAUUUAAAAAUGGUGGAGGCGAAAAUGCCAUCUUGGAAUACUGCCAAUGGACAAUGGUUUUUAUCAAUCAUUUAUGCUCUUGUUCAGACAACAUUAAUCAAAGAAUACUAUUAAGGACAAAACUGGAAAAUUGUGGUAUUUUGCGAAUUAUGAACAAAAUAAAAUUACUAGACUACGAUAAAGUAAUUGACCAAAUUGAGUUAUAUGACAACAAUAAGCUUGACGAUUUUAAUGUCAAAUUAGAGGCCAACAAUAAAGCUUUUAACGUUGAUUUACAAGAUCCGUUAUCGCUGCUGAAAAACCUUUGGGAUAUAUGUAAAGGCACCGAGAAUGAAAAACUCUUAGUAUCUUUAGUUCAACACCUUUUCCUUUCUAGUUCAAAGUUAAUCGAGGAAAACCAAAACUCCUCUAAACUAAGUAAGCAAUUGAAAUUAAUGGAUUCUUUGGUAACUAAUGUUAGUGUUGCUUCAACUGCUGAUGAAGAAUCUAAUAUGAAUAUGGCUAUCCAACGGCUUUACGAUGCCAUGCAGACUGAUGAAGUGGCACGUCGAGCUAUAUUAGAAAGUAGAACUCUAACAAAGAAAUUAGAAGAAAUUCAAGCGGAGAGGGAUUCUCUGAGUGAAAAGUUAAGCAAGGCAGAGCACGGGCUCGUUGGGCAGUUAGAAGACGAGUUGCAUGAGAGAGAUCGUAUAUUGGCUAAGAAUCAAAGAGUUAUGCAGCAACUGGAAGCUGAGCUAGAGGAGCUGAAAAAGAAGCAUCUUUUGGAAAAGCAUCAGCAAGAAGUUGAAUUGAGAAAAAUGUUAACUAUAUUGAACUCGAGGCCUGAAGAAAGUCCCAAUAAGAGUGGAAGUACCAGAGGUACGAACUCAAGCUUCAACUCUUCAGAGAAAGCGAAUAUUCAAAAGGUGUUACAGGACGGAUUGUCGAGAGCAAAGAAAGAUUACAAGGAUGACUCAAAAAAAUUCGGUAUGACACUUCAACCUAAUAAGAGGUUAAAAAUGUUAAGAAUGCAGAUGGAAAAUAUUGAAAAUGAAGCUAGACAAUUAGAGAUGACAAAUUUUGCUGAAUUUGAGAAAGAUCGUCUUGAACCUCCUAUACAUAUUAAAAAGCCAAAAGUGAAGAGGAUGAAAAAUAAAGAUAAGAAACCAUUAGUCAAACCUCAAGAGGCGGACGUGAACAAACUAAAUGAUCUAAGACGGGCUUUGGCUGAAAUUCAAAUGGAAAGUAACGAUAUUUCCAAAUUCAAUGUCGAAGAACGUGUUAAUGAGCUAUUUAACGAAAAGAAAUCUCUGGCUCUAAAGAGACUGAAAGAACUAGAAACAAAAUACAAGGGAUUUGGCAUCGACUUCAAUGUUGAGGAGAUUAUGGAAAGUCCAAAGAAAAAUUCUGUGGAUGGGAAAGCGGAAGGGGAUGCUAACUAUGCAAGUCUUGACCCUAAGACAUAUCAAAAAAAGCUGGACGAGAUCAGUAGAAUAACGGAUCAGUUAUUGGAUUUCCAGACUCAAGCGGAACAUAAAAAAGAAGGAAAAGAUGAUGAAGAAAGCGGUUUAUCCUCUUCUAGCUCUGAUGCUGAAAGCGAAGAAGUAUAUCAAGAUGCAUCUCCAAAUCAAGAAAUAAAGAGUGAACACUCAGAGUUAUCUUCAGGAUCAGGUCCUGGGUCUUUUCUGGAUGCCUUAUCUCAAAAAUACGGGACUGGUCAAAACGUUACUGCAUCAGUCGCUUUGAGAGAUACUAAUUAUGUUUCAGGUGUUGGACACAUGCAUAGUAAAGUUGAAAAGACGUUUAUGAACAGGCUCAGAAGGUCCACCGUCUCUUCUGCUCCAUAUUUAGAGGAGUUGACACAGAAGGUAAAUAAGGUUGAACCAUAUGAACAAAAUGAGGACGAAGGCCUAAGCGAAGAAUCUUUAGCAGAGGAUAGUACGGUAAGUGCAGCUUCUGCCUUGGACAAAGUUGAGAAAGGCGUCCGACAACAUGUGAAAAAAGGAGAAGAAGGGCAUAUGGUAAGUGAUGAAGAAAGCACUACAUCAAAUCUCAUUGCUGUGGGUGAAACAGAUAAUGCAGCUCAGGUGGAAAAAUCCUCUACUCCAUCAUCCGCAGUUUCCCCAUCACCACCACCUCCUCCUCCUCCAGUUCCCGUAGAACUGUUUGGUAAAUCAUUGGACAAGGAGAAAGAGUUGGAAGACGAUGCUAUCAAGCAAGAAACUUCUAGAGAAAUUGAUACUUCACAUCCUCCACCUCCUCCACCUCCUCCACCCAUGGCAUUGUUCGGCAAAACCAAGGGAGAAACACCACCACCACCACCGCUACCAUCUGUAUUGUCUUCGUCUACUGGGGGCGCCAUUCCGCCAGCUCCGCCAAUGAUGCCAGCAUCGCAAACGAAAUCAGUUGUAACAUCACCGUUACUUCCUCAAUCCCCUUCAUUAUUUGAAAAGUAUCCUCGUCCUCACAAAAAAUUAAAGCAACUGCACUGGGAAAAAUUAGAUUGUACCGAUAAUUCUAUUUGGGGCACAGGCAAGGCUGAAAAGUUUGCAGAUGACUUAUACGAGAAAGGUGUUCUUGCUGAUUUAGAGAAGGCCUUUGCCGCCAGAGAAAUUAAAUCUUUAGCAAGCAAGCGCAAGGAAGAUCUACAGAAAAUCACUUUCUUAUCCAGGGAUAUUUCUCAACAGUUUGGUAUCAACUUGCACAUGUAUUCAUCACUUUCAGUUGCCGAUCUGGUGAAAAAAAUACUAAACUGUGAUAGGGACUUCCUGCAAACACCGAGUGUUGUUGAGUUUUUGUCAAAACCUGAAAUCAUCGAAGUCUCUGUCAACUUAGCCAGGAAUUACGCUCCAUAUUCCACAGAUUGGGAAGGUGUGAGGAAUCUAGAAGAUGCCAAGCCCCCUGAAAAAGAUCCAAACGAUUUACAAAGGGCUGACCAAAUUUACUUGCAAUUGAUGGUUAAUCUAGAAUCGUACUGGGGUUCACGUAUGAGAGCUCUCACAGUAGUUACCUCGUUUGAAAGAGAGUAUAAUGAGUUAUUGGCAAAGUUGAGAAAAGUUGACAAGGCUGUUAGCGCACUUCAAGAAUCAGAUAAUUUGCGUAACGUCUUUAAUGUUAUCUUAGCUGUUGGUAAUUUCAUGAACGACACUUCUAAGCAAGCGCAAGGCUUUAAACUUUCAACCUUGCAAAGAUUGACGUUUAUCAAGGAUACCACUAAUAGCAUGACCUUUUUAAAUUACGUCGAAAAAAUUGUCAGGUUAAAUUACCCAAGGUUCAAUGACUUUUUAAAGGAAUUAGAACCCGUGUUGGAUGUCGUGAAAGUUUCCAUUGAGCAGUUGGUUAAUGACUGUAAGGACUUCAGCCAAUCGAUUGUAAACGUAGAGCGUUCAGUUGAAAUUGGUAAUUUGAGCGACUCUUCAAAGUUCCAUCCUUUAGACAAAGUUUUGAUAAAGACAUUGCCUGUGUUACCGGAAGCCAGAAAAAAGGGGGACUUGUUAGAAGACGAAGUUAAGUUGACUAUCAUGGAAUUCGAAAGUCUCAUGCAUACGUAUGGUGAAGAUUGUGGUGAUAAGUUUGCUAAAAUCUCAUUCUUCAAGAAAUUUGCGGAUUUUGUAAAUGAAUAUAAGAAAGCUCAGGCACAAAAUCUGGCCGCGGAAGAAGAAGAAAGGCUUUAUAUAAAGCAUAAGAACUUGGUGGAAGAACAGCAAAAAAGGGUACAAGAAAAAGAAAAACAAAAAGAGAACAGCGAUUCACCUUCAUCGGAAGGAAAUGAAGAGGAUGAAGCGGAAGACAGGCGUGCUGUUAUGGACAAGCUAUUAGAACAGUUGAAAAAUGCGGGACCAGCCAAAAGUGAUCCGUCUUCUGCUAGAAAAAGAGCUUUAGUCAGAAAAAAAUAUCUUUCUGAGAAAGACAAUGCUCCACAAUUACUCAACGACUUGGAUACUGAAGAAGGAUCUAUUCUUUAUUCCCCAGAAGCUAUGGACCCUGCUGCCGAUGCAGUAAUUCAUGCCGAAUCACCCACUCCGCUUGCCACAAGAGGUGUUAUGAAUACCUCCGAAGAUUUACCAUCGCCAUCCAAGACAUCUGCCCUGGAAGAUCAAGAGGAAAUUAGUGACCGAGCUAGAAUGUUACUAAAGGAGUUAAGGGGCUCCGACACACCGGUAAAGCAAAAUUCCAUACUCGAUGAACAUCUUGAAAAAUUGAGGGCUCGUAAGGAAAGAUCCGUCGGAGAGGCUAGCACAGGUAACAAGCUAAAUUUCAAAUAA